GUUUUUAAAAAUGGUUGACCCUCACCAAAAUAUCUAUAAUCGAGUCUGAUGACAAAAAGGCUUGGUUGAUGUGCCUGAUAUGUGCAUGAUAUCUAAUACGAAGAAUUGGAGAUGUUUUCGAACAAAGCUUGUGAAGUCAUCGACGGGUUUACGUUUUGAGGCAUUUCUCGAGAAGAGAUGGAUGCUGUCAACACUUCACUGACUUCAGUUAACGUGCUAAGUAGAUUAUAUGAAAUUAGUGGCUUCUAUGGUCUGCAAUAACGAGGAAUGGAUAUAUGAUAUUGUUUAUAAUAGAACCAUGUGUUCAACAUUAGAAGUUCUUAAUUAUUUAUUUUUCGGUUUCCAGAGGGGUUUUCCCUAUGGUAUUUGGGAUUCCCCCACCUUCUAACACGGCAUGCAUGAAUGGGUGUUCCUACUCCUGAAGCAAGGUAGCUUGAAUCCUCAGUAACAUCUGACGAAUAAUCUCGACUUUAAAAUGUUUUCAAGUAUGUCGAAUCAUUUAUGAGUUACAUGUAAAAAAAAAGUUAGUUGGUUUCGCUGAUAUGCCCUGUUAAUAAAUACGGAGAUAAUUUCAGACAAUAUUGUCGUUUGUGUUUGGGGCUUCCCCCGAAAUCGAACAGGAUUCCCCAGUGCAUUUCAUUUUGCAAAGAAGAAGAACGGCAACUUGAUGUUUUGUGCUCCAACAGUUGUUCCAGCUAAUAGCAGUCAACAAUAGACAGAACUUUUUUCUGCCACAUGAGUGAGAAUGCCUGGAACCAAGAUUCGUGAUGAAGAUCGUAAAAAUAUUGAUCCAAAGUUUUUCUGCACCUACUGCUAUCUCCUCCUCGUCAAUCCAAUGCAGACAAAAUGUGGACAUUUGUUUUGUCAAUCUUGUAUUGAUAUCAUUCUUGGAAGUCCUGAUUCAAAAUGUCCAGAAGACGAAGAAAAAUUGAGCAGGAAUGAGGUUUUCCCAGAUGCUUUCACAAAGCGUGAGUUAAAUAGGAUUAAAUUACAUUGUCCCUCAGAGAAGUGCCAAUGGUUUGGCAUCUACGAAAAACUGGAAGGUCAUUAUCAAGUUUGUGAGCAUGCACUGAUCAACUGUAUACAUAAACAAUGUAACAUUCAGUUACCUCGCUCUCUUCUUGGUGAACAUUUGCAGAAUGAUUGUGAAUAUCGAAACGUGAAAUGCGAAUAUUGUGGUAAAGAUGUCCCACAUGCUUCACUUAAGGAUCACAUGAAAAAAGUCUGUGAAAAUGCACCAGUAGUUUGUAAAUAUUGCAAGAAGAAGAUACCAAGAAAGAUAUUGAAAACCAUGAAAAAACGACUUGUGAUGAAGUGCCAACUGAAUGUGAAUUUCAAGCUAUUGGAUGUAACUAUGAUAAAACUUUAAAACGAAAGGAGAUCCGACAACAUAUGAACGACAAUGUAAUUGAUCAUGUGAGCCUCUUGUUACGAUAUGUUAUGGCAUUUGUUACACAGUUAAGUAACUAUGUACCACGUCCAGAGUUUACUACUGCUAUUCAAAACAUGGCUGACCAAGUUACUGCUGUUCGUGCGAAUCUUUCAGAAAAAUUUGUGAUGUUAGUAGGUAAACUUACAGGUCUUGAAAGGAGGAUUGAGAGCAUCGAGAGUCGUGGUGGUAACGAUAGUAACCCCCAGUUGUCCUCAGAUGUUUCCUCUAUGCGUGAUAGAAUCUCGACUCUCGAGCGGCAAUUACGAGAUAAUUCCUCAACUAUACUACGAUUUCGUGAGCGUUUAGAUCAAAUUGACGAAUCACUCGCGAGAAACACGGUGAAGAUUACGGACCUGGAGGCGCAACGUGGCUCCCGUGUAGUGGGGUCAAAUCAGGCCAUACACAGCUACAAUGGUACGUUACUGUGGAAAAUAGAUAACUUCAAUCGAAAGAGACAGGACGCCAUUAAUGGUAUCAAAACAGCCUUGUACAGUCCACCAUUCUACAGCUCUCAAUAUGGUUACAAGAUGUGUGCUAAGAUCUAUAUGAAUGGUGAUGGUUUUGGAAAGGGAACUCAUUUAUCUUUGUUCUUUGUUGUCAUGAAAGGUGAUUACGAUGCUCUACAAACAUGGCCAUUUCAAAAAAAAAUCACAAUGAUGUUAAUGGAUCAAGGAAAUGGUGAUCACAUGAUUGAUGCUUUUCAUUCAGAUCCCCAAAGUUCUUCAUUUCAGCGACCAAAGUCCGAUAUGAAUAUCGCCUCUGGAUCUCCACUCUUCAUGCCUUUAGAGAGUUUAAAAAAUCGUCAGUAUAUUAAAGAUGAUACUCUGUUUAUUAAGCUUAUCGUUGACUAAACAGGUCGGAAUUUUGUCAUCCCAACUUAACAUGUAUGUUUUAGGGAUGUCAAAAUUCCAAUCGAUAAUACCACCUAUAUGAAGUCUAUUUGAAGAUGUUUUUGCGCAUGCUGCAGCUGUUAUUCACAAAACAUGAAAUACAGUUAUCCAAUAGAUGUCUUAUUUGUCGUGCCGUUCAGCGAACAUGUUAUAAUUAAGAGUCUCAAGACUUCAAGGAAAAGUACGUUUAUAAUUACGUGAUUAGAUGAAGGAUAGAUAUUUGGUUUGGUUCUCUUAAGCCCGCCGCACACUGGCAAACUUUUUGUGCGUACUUUUUAUUUCAGACAAUUUGGAUCGACAAGAGCGCACGCGCACAACUGGCAAAACAAAAUGGCUGAUUUAUUGAACAUCUUGAACGAAUUGAUAAACAACGAUGAUUUCUCUGAAGACGAAGAAGAAAUGAUACUGUUUUUGUUGUGACGACGAUGCUUCACACAAAUAAAGGCAACAAAUCGUGAGAAAUUCUAAUGUUUUGCCAGGGUGCGGCAGGUUUUAGAUUAAGGUUGAUGGUUAAAACUUACUUGAAAUGAGUUGAUCUUUGUUUGAGGUAUUUGGGGUAUAAUAGAUUGUUUAAGAUGGUAUAUGGAUCGUUUGGGAUGCAAUGAACCAUGUCUGUUUCAGUACAUUGCUGUGCUAAUGGGGUGUAAAAUUGCAGUAUCUUCUACCUCAUCCUGUUUGGCUUUACAUUCAUAAUAAAUUUCUGUACGCUAUAAGUGGUUAGUAUGAGAUAUUGCAAUCUA